AUGGCUCCUCCCAGCGCUCCGUUGCAGGACAAGAAGCGGCCGCCCACAAACCGAGAAAAGCGCAAAACCUCUACCAACCCCGCUGGUCGAGCACGAAAACGCGUUAAGAUUCAAGAUGCGCGUAAACUGGCUGCCCAGAGCUCUGACGCCGCACUCUCCAAGACCGGAGAGCUAGAUGUCUCCGCGUUUGUUGCAGCAAGGGAAUUCGAGAUUAAAGCUCUCGAGGCCGGUAUACAGAGUGCAAGGAAUGCAUUGACAACUCGCGCUUUUCAAAAGGUUCCCAGAAACCUGCGGAGGAGAACCGCUAGCCAUAAUGUCAAGCGAGUGCCGAGCAGGUUGCGUGCAAGGGCCAGGAGGGAGAUGAUAGAGGAUAACACGCCUACGGUGACUGCUCGACGACGUAAACCAACAACACACCUCCGUCUUCGUCUAGAACGAGUACGACGGCUACAGUCUUUAAAUACUCGCUCCAAAGAAAAGCGACAGGCAAAGAAAGUGGCGGUAGAGAAGGAAAAACCCUCUGCGGAACAUACUGUAAAUAUUGCGCCCCGUAUUCCGAAAAUUAAAAAGAAUAAGAUUUCACACCCUGAGAAACCGGCAUCAAAGUAUAGAGGACGCCAGCGUACAAAGACAUGGUUGCCAACGCAUAUAUUUCAUGCCAAACGGGCACGCAUGACUGAGCCAAAAGCACCACUAUGGCGAUUUGCACUUCCUUUGACACCCACGGAGAAAUGCUACAGGCCCACGCACCGUGCCAGUGGGUCCAGAGGUGCUAUUGCGUGGGACAUGAGCUACAUGUCGACAAUAGGCCUUGAAGGCGCUAGGGAGAGUAUCGAGGGUCUUCUGAAAUCUAUGGGUGUUGACGGAGAUACUGCUUGGGGAAGCAAGGGCAAGAAAUGGAGGCUGGGCACUAGGACUCUUGACACCUGGUUGUUUGAGCGAGAUGGUGAGAAAUCGCCUAUUGCGCCCGUUACGUUAAUAUGGGCCGCCCAGAAUCCUGAAGACGUUGGAAUGUCAGAUGCCGCGACGUCGGUAGCGAAGAAGCGGCCAAAACAAAAGAUGUUCCUGCGGGUCCACCCAUCUUCCUUCUUGCAACUUUGGGAGGAGCUAUUAAGAGUGUCAAAAAUCCAAAAGCCUCCAGUGAUGGUUGAAGACCUUCGUUUUGAGAUUGGAAGCAUUGAAAUAUCUGGCCCUGGAGCCACAGAAGCUUUGUGUGCUGCGCUGGAACCAAUUCCAAAUCCACAGAACAAGAAUAAGCCAGCCCCUGAAGAUGUCUGGCGGUCUCUUGCAGGCGUAACAAACGCUGCUUCGUUGCCACUGGGUGCGAUUUUGGCGUUCAGUGCAUCCGAUCCCCGUUUACACUAUCCCCCACGAACCAUGAAACCGCAAAACUCGCCAGAGAACCUUAAUGCACUCGCAUUGCUGCUAUCUUCUUGGCCUCUAGACAAAACACAGCUGGCCCCUGAGUUGUUUAGCCGCCCCUCGCGGCUAUUGGCGUCACGCUCCCUUUCAAGUCAAAAAGCAAUCAAUAGACGAAAGGCACUUGCACCUCCUGGGGAAUAUCCGCAGCCGCAACCAGCUGAUCCCAAAAUACCCGUAAUUAUAUUUGCAUCACGGCCUGAUAGUUCAUCUGAAGGAAUUUCCUCUGGUCACUGGACAAUUCUAUUACCUUGGAAGUGUGUGGGUCCUGUAUGGUAUUCUAUCAUGUACUACCCAUUUGCCUCUGGUGGUAAUCCGAGAUUUGGGGGCGUUCACGAAAAGCAGCAAGUUAUUUUUGAGUCUGGAAUGCCCUGGUUCCCGGGUGAUUUUCCUGGAACAAAAUCCGGAUGGGCAUGGGAAAUUCAGCAACGGGAGCUGCAGAAAGACAAAUGGCAGCGAAAACCAAAGGGCAAAAGAGUAGAAUUUGAUAGCGUUGACCUUGGCAAAGGUAGGCGCGGCGAAAUUGGCCGUGGAUGGGCAUGCGAUUGGGAGAGGUUGGUCACUGGCACUCCAAGUCAGGGGGAGGAGAAGCCAAUUGGUACAUCGAGUGGACUUUCUGAAAAAAGCCAAACGCAAACCGACGGGACUCUUCCAACAGAUAUUGAUCUCCCCACGAAUUGCCCUAUGUCUCCCAUCGAAAUUCGGCAACUCGCGCCAGCUACUGCUUCACAUAUGUUAGAACAGAGAACCAAGCCCGGUAAACCAUCAACACAGUUACCCUCAAAAUUCUCUCUUGCGACGGUAUGUAUCAGGCUCCUUAACCGGGGAAACGUUUACCCUCGAUCUCGAAUAUAUCGCCUUCCAACUACAGACCUUAAGCUCCGAAACCGGUGGCUUUCGCUACUCUGCCCAUCGUCAUCCCCUUAUAAGCCAAAUAUACAAAAACGAUUACACACACAGAAGGGGCGAGCCGAAGAGCGGAUCGACGUCCCAUCUCUCAAAGAACUUCUGUCUAUGUCUGCCUUAGAUGAAGAACCGGGUCAGAAAAUUUCGCCCCCGGUUCCAGACGAGGUCGACCUUAUUGGGUUUAUAACAACGGGAAAUUAUAACCUCUCUGCUGGCAAAGGAACAGGAGUUGGUGCGAUAUUGGUUGACAAAGUACAGAAAUAUAUACCCCCCAUUGAUCAAGUAAAAACUGGAACACAGGAUUCCCUAAUACGACUAGGAAAGGAAAAGUUGAUGCGGCUGUGUAUCUUGAGACCUCCUGGAGAAAACGUUGGGAGGCUUUGCUUCUGGUCAGCUUGA